UACAACAACUAAUUUGAGAGAGAAAGAGAAAAUCAGUGUGCCAGUAUUCCCACUGCCUUUUCUACAUUGGCCUACGAGCACAAUAUUAUAAUUUGAGGAGUAGUUUGUUUCUUAACUUUACUAUAGUAAAUCUCCAUGGAGAUUUAAAAUAUUACAAAAGCAUGCAUGGGGUGCUUUUAAUAGACAUUUUUUUAUGCUGGAUGAGGAAUUGAUUGGAGUCAAAUAUAGUGAAAUAUAAUCUGUCAGGGCCAUGCCAUUAGAUCUCUCAUCUGACUGUGAGUGUUCUAACUGUUUGGACGGUUCUCAGAAUGAGUCUGAUGAGAAUCCCUGUUCCAAUGAGAGUGAUAAUGACUCUUUAUAUUCAAGAUCAAGAUCAAGGAAGAAACCCAUGCAUUCUUCCAGCAAGCAAUAUCUUCCUUCUCAAUGUUUUCCUGUCUGGUCAGAACAAGAAAACAAAGAAUACCCAGAGUUUCCAACUUCAGAGGGGGAAAGAGAUGUGGGCUCCUCUCAAAACAACCAUUUUAGUCUGAGUCCUGAGGAGAUUGCUAAGAAAAUGAGACCAUUGAGAGAGCUGACUAUCCAAGAGUUGCUGAGUGAGUUUGGGGAUAGUGGGAAGUUCCAACCAAACUCCAUGUCUCUGGCCUACUUUAGAGAUCAGGUGGUUAGAAAGUUCAGAAGAGCUCUGUAUUAUUCUGGAAUUUGGGUGACAUAUGUUGAAGGAUACAAAACUAAAAAACAUUUUUCAGCUAAACAUUUCAAAAGAAAUCCUGGUUGCCUACACCGGCUGGUCCCUUGGCUGAAACGGGAACUAACAGCUGUUUAUGGAGAUUAUGGCUACACGGUAAAGAGUAUCCUAGCCACCAUCCUCCAUCACAUGACAGAAUAUGAUUUGGACAGUGAGUCCUUUGUUCAUCUCCUGGAACCUUAUCUCCUGCAACACACCCACCAUUUCCUGCAUGAGUUUAUCAGUUUUGUUCAUUCACCUUACAAUAUGGAGACCUAUGACCAGCGAGCCAUCUAUCAAUGUUCUGCUGCUUCACCACGAGUCAAACAGAAGUCCAUUGCAUCAGCUCCUGCUUUAUCUUUGCCUAAGGAUCAUGCUCUACUGAUAGCUCACCAUGGUGCAAAGCAGUCUAAAAAUACUCAGGGUCAAUGGAAUAGUGAGGAGAGGCUUCUGUCAGGCUUAAAACAGUUUCCAAAUGGUAAUUCUUCCUUGAAGAAAUCUGAAAUCCCACCAGUUCAUCUCAAAAAGGUAAGCAAAAGGCACAUUGGGAUCAAAGACAAGGCAGAAUUGUGUAGUCACAGAGGCAUAAUUUCUACUGAUAAUAUGCUCCUGAAUUGGGCUACCCUGCAGGAAAGGGACCCACGCUUACUGAAUCAUGAAAAAAAUACUCAAGAGAAAAAGACAAAAGGGAUAAAGUUGCUUCCUGGUCAUGUCCAGGAUCUGCCAAAAAGUGAAACAACGGCACGUACCUUCAGUACCCCAGACAUUUCAAAUCAGGCACAACCAUGUAAGUACAAUCUAAGAGAAAGGGCCGCUUUGAGCCCUGACCAGAAGAAAAAUUUUGAGGAAAAGGAAGUAGAAAAAAGCAAACACUCAGAUUCUUCACAAAAGAUCUUCCAAAGCUUGCCCAGAGAAAGAUCCUUGAUUAACUGCAAAUCCAUAAAGAGGAAUUCCUCUUGGAGUUGCAUGUCAGAAAAUACCCUUUCUCCUAAGAGAAAUGGCAGGAAGCCAAGUUCUUUUAGAAAGAAUAGACUGGAGUGCUGGCAGUCCUCCCAAUUUGAGGAAGUUGGUUCACAUACCAGUAGAAGACUCCGAAGACAAUCUAGGUCCACUCCUCACAGAUCCAAAUCCUGCUGUUUUGAACUUAGAUCUGUAAGCAGAGAAUCAAGCAUUUUGUCUCUGAGAGGAAGUCACAGAAGUGAAGAACUUACCCAGAAGGUAUUCUGUGAGCCCUCUAAAGAAAAACACAUGCAUAGCAAUGAGUCAAAUUAUAGGAGGACAUCUUCAAACACAGCGCAAUACACAAAUCUUUCUUCAACUACUGGGAAAAGGCCCAAGUAUCUUUCUAGGGAAGAAAGUGUGUCCCAAGCCAGAUGUCACUGGAACAGUCCCGCAUGUCGACAGGUUGAGGAACAAGGACCCUCAAGUAAACAAGCGAUGAAACAAAAAAUCCUAUUUCCUAGAGCUAGAAGAAUCAGAGCAGUUAAGAAAAAAAAAUGCCAGUGUCCAGAUACACAAACCACCGAGGAAGACAGUGAUGAAUUGGGAGAUCCUGAUGAUACAGAGCAAAUGAAUAGUCUUUCUGAAAGUGCACCCUCCUGCAAGAAGCAAAACCCAAAAAACCCUCAGAAUUCAAAUCUUCAGAAACAUCACUGGGCCAAGAAUGAACACAAGGAAACAUAAUACCAGAAACACAGAGGUGCAAAUCGUUUUGAAAGGCAAAUCAGCCCACUUACCUAGCCACCAAGGAACUUUGAAAAUAUAAUCUAAAAACAUUAUUGAAAAGAUUUAUCAUAUCACUUUGUAACUGGAACUUAAAGCCUAAUGGUUAAAGCUCCUU